CGCCAACCUCACCCCCCAUCUCGACUGCGCUGCACCUCCCAGACCAACCCCGAUCAACCGAGAACGCUUUUCAAGCACGUAAACCACAAUAACCACCUGCAAACCCCACCAUGCCGCCCGCAAAGAAGAGAAAGACGGCCGCCGCCGCCAAGGCAGAAAAGGCUCUCGACGCCGACGUCCCAGCCGAACAGCCCGCGACCAACACCACAGACGCCACCCAAGACGAGCCCUCACAAGAAGACGCGGCGCCGGCCGAAGAAACCACACAAGCAGGUCCCUCGGCAGCGGCACCACCACCACCACCACCCACAGCAGAGGCCGCGGCCGACUCAGACACGCCGGCAGCGACCCCGAUCAACCCCGCCUCCAAGGCCGCCGACAGCAUGGCGCGCGUCAAGACGCUGCAAGCCCGCGCCAAGUCGUCGUCCUGACUCUUACCUCAGAGAGGCGACGCUCGAGUCGCAGCG